UGAUCACGGAAAAGCCAAGCCUUCAUUGUAAGCUUAAGACAUGAGGCAACAUGUCAUUACCUGGACUUUGCCGUUUAUGCAACAUUCCUGGAGGGAGACCAUGCCUGAAGGCAGAAUCCAAAUGAUGGAAGGAACAAAACAGGCUGUCAGUUUCCAAAGAAUGCAGCUGCGUGUCCUUUUCUCGCUGGUGUUCGUGCUGGUGGUUGUCCUGAUGGCAGGAGGCUCGGAAGCUGGAAGGAACAAGAAAGAAAGAGGAAAGAAAUCCAGCUCAGCCUGCAAGGAGUGGGAGUGGGGAGCGUGUGAGCCCGCAUCAGGGGACUGUGGCACUGGGCUUCGUGAAGGAACCUGCAAGGAGAACGAUGAGACCAAGAUCGUGAAGUGCAAGGUGCCAUGUAACUGGAAGAAACAGUUUGGAAGUGACUGCAAGUACAAGUUUGGAAACUGGGGAGAAUGUGACACCGAGACUGGCCUCAAGACUCGCAAUGGCACCCUAAAGAAGGCUCUGUUCAAUGCGGAGUGUGAGCAGUCAGUGAAGGUCACAAAGUCCUGUGAUAAAUCCAAGUCAAAAGCAAAAGGUAAGAAGGGAAAGAAGGGGAUGUGAAGAUCUUCUGAGAAAUUUGACAGUAUAACCCACCUUCUGUUGAUCUGAGCUGCAACACAAUCUAUACAGCCGCCCCUCACCAAAAUACCUUUUACCAAGCUUUGUUGUAAUCUUCUAAUCUGUAGAAUUUAAUGUAAAGGAACAACCUUUUUAAAUGGUUGUUUUUUUUUCUAUUCUUAUUGCUUUAUAAACUUGAGACUUUGGCAUGUGUACAGUACAUUUCUGCAACAAUAUAAUUUCUGUGUAGAAUGCCUUACAAAUCUUUAGGAUUGUAGUAGUUUUUACUUUGUAUCAAUUGUCCUUUUAAACCCCUUUCAAAAUGAUUUUUAGUGUCUUGGUGUUCUUUGCAGAAUUUUAGAACAUUCACUUUCCUGGUCUUUUUUGACCUUUGCAUCUGAAUGCAUCCAGUAUCCUUUUUUGUUAAAAUAAAUUGUAACUGUUUCUUUUAGAUUUGGACUACAGAAAAGUGUUAAAGCAGUUGGUGAUAUGAUCAAAAGUGGCCAUUUUGCUAUACUGACAUUGUUGUGUUCUUGACAAUGCAUGACAUUGACACAUUGUGAUCUUUAACAAAGCCACACAACUAAAACAGGAAACUUUUUUUCAAAGCUGUGAAUUGGAGAUUUGGAAGGCAUAAAGUAGUUAAUGAAAAAUAAUACAUUUCCAGACCUAAAUGUUUGCCAUUUACUGAACAGAUCUUGGAUGAGAGGUUUUUUUCAAUAAAAUCUUUUUAUAAACGUA